GAGUUAUCUGUUUACAUUUUGCGCUUCCAAUUGUUAACAAAUAAGAAAAAGUGCUUAAAAAUGGAGCAGCCCAACGAGGAGAAGUUUCUGCAGCGAUUCUCUCAAAUGUCAUUUUCGCACAAUGCGUUCAUAGAGUUUAUGAAUAACCAGGAGGUGUUUAUCAUGGACGAUGUGGUGAUGACGGCCUUUCGCGAUGCAAUUCGGUCGCAGCGCAAUGCUGAAAUCUUCGCAGGUGCCACUGUCCUGGAGGUGGGCUGUGGCAGUGCGCUACUGUCCAUGAUGGUGGCCAAGCAGGGCGCUGCACGUGUGUUUGCUGUGGACUCUGGCGAUGUGGCGCAGGUGGCACGCCAAUUGGUGCGUCAGAACGGGCUGGACAGCGUCAUUGAGGUGAUUCAGGGCGACAUUAAGGAGCUGCAGCUGCCACCUAUUGAUGUUAUAGUGUCCAAGUGGAUGGGCGCCUGUCUGGUGUACAACUCCGCCUUGGACCAAGUAAUCUUUGCGCGCGACAAGUGGCUCAAGCCCAAGGGCUGCAUCUUUCCCAACACGGCCCGCCUGUACCUCUCUGUGGCUGAGGACCGGGACGUGAAGCCGCCCAGGCACCGCUGGUCACGCUUUGCUGGCUUAAAUCUUUCCCAUGCGGCGAGCAUUGUGCAGCGGCUACCAAAAGUAGGACGCGUGCUGCAGCGCCAGCUGAUCUCGGAGCCGCAGCAGAUCUGGCAUAUGGAUGUGCGCACCAUCAAGCGUGAGCAGCUGAGCUUCAGCGUGCCGUUUAAACUGCAGUUGCUGAGUCAGGAGAUAAUCGAUUUGUUUGUCGUGCACUUUGACUUUGGCUUUCCGGACGGCCCCCCUGAGGAGCUUGUGUCCACGAAUCCCUGUGCUCGCAGCACCCACUGGCAGCAGACACUCUUCCACAUUGAUCAGCUUGUGCCUAUACACAGGGGCGAUAUAAUUGCAGGCAGUUUUGCGGUGUCGCGUGCUGUCAAUCAUUUGGACUUUGACAUUGAUUGGAGCUGCCGCAAUAAGCUGGUAAACAUUAAGCGGCACAAGCAAAUCUUUCGCAUGGGUGGUGAAAGCAAGGAGAAGACGUAGAGCGAGCAUGGAGCAAGGAUGGAGAGUGAAUGGGAACAAGGAGAAGUCAUUGAUUAAGAAUGAGAGCUGCAUGAGAAGCAGCGGAAGCCAUAGAGCCAGAAUGCAGACUGGAUUGGGCACAAGGCCAAGCCACUGCUCAGAUCUGAGCAUGGCGCUGAAUGAGGAUUGAAAGUUUGCCCUGAACCAAGGGAAAUUCUCUGUAUAAUUUUACAUUUUAAGACAUGUUUGAGACCGCA